AUGAAGCGGUGGUACGACCAACGCCAUCAUAACCGUGUACGUUUUGAAGCGGGAGAGGUGAUAGUCAUGCUGAGGCAACCUGUGCCAGGUCAAUCGACAAAACUACAGUCCAAGUAUUGUGAUUGCCCGCUGCAGGUCAUCGAAGUUCUGCCCUCAGAAACUUAUCGAGUGGCCGAGCUGACGUCAGAAGGCAAGACAGUUUACUCCACUACCGCACACGCAUCUCAACUAAAAUCCUGGAAAGUACUCAGUGAAGAGGAUUCAGAUUCCGAACCUCCAAGCGACGAGGAGACUAGUGAAGAGUUCCAGAUUCUCAACCACCAAGUGACGGGGAAUUAA